AUGGAUGUGAAGGUUGCAGUUGUAUCUUGCAUUAUUGAAAUUACAAGAAUAACAACACUAGAUGCCCCAUAUAAGGAUGAGCAAAUGAAGGAAAUAUUCCAAUUGAUUGUGGCAGCAUGUGAAAAUAUGUCUCAUGUGUCUACUCGCUCUUAUAAGAAGGUGACUUCAAUUCUUGAUACCAUUGCAAAGGUCAAGUUAUGCUUGGUGAUGUUGGAUCUUGAGUGUGAUGCAUUGGUUGUUGAGAUGUUUCAAAGUUUCUUGAAGAUGAUUAGGUCCAACCAUCCACCUGUUGUACUCUCAACCAUGGAAACAAUUAUGAGUCUGGUCAUAAAUGAAAGUGAAGACAUUUCCUUGGAUCUUCUUAGUUCACUUUUUGCUAUUGUAAGAAAGGCAAAUCAGAAUGUUUCACCUAUUUCAUGCACAUUGGGGGAGCAAAUAAUCACUAGGAUUAAUGCCCAGCUAGAAAAGAUAAUGGCAUCCACUCAAAAACUACCCAGCAAGCAUGAGGGUGCACAUGAUGUGAAAUUUGAAGUUGUUGAACGUGCUUCUGAUCAACCCUCCACAGUCCUUGAAGAUCUACAUCUUGGUGAAGUCGAAGAGGUUAAAACCACAGUGCUUGCUAUGGUUCAUAAGGUUUAA